AUGGCCCCGGAGAUCGCACAAGCUGCUUUUGCGGCAGUGCCAUCGUCCCUCGUCGAGAUCGCAAAGAACAAAACUCAGCCACUCUACCGCUACGUCUCCAAAAAACUCGGCAAGGAAUACCAACCUAUCCUUGCCCACGACGAUGAGCUUGAUGUGGACACUGUCGCUGUCGAAGUACCUGAAGCUGUUCCCCAGAUGCCUUCUGGAGGUUUGCUUUCAGACUUGAAGAACCACGUGAAGUCGAUGAAGGAGUACGGCUCGGUGCUGUUUGCGCUCGAGAUCUUUCGGACGCUGAGCUUGUGUGCGUUGUUCGGCUUAAGCGUCUAUGCUACCAUCCAAGCCGAAUCUCCCCAAGAGCCCGGUCUGGAAGGAGGCAUGGUAGAAUCUCUCAAGAGGAAGAAGAAGGGCAACCAUCACCACACCGUUGACGACUAUUCAAGCCUCGAGUGGGGAGAAUUCGGUGUCUCUGGCCUCUACCUCUACUCCCUCGCGUUUUCUUUUCUCCUUCUCACCCUGCGACCUGGAACACCCCUUCGCCGACAUCUCAUAGCGCACCUGGACGUGCUGCUGUUGCUGGCUUUCGGAGUGUAUGCGUAUAGAGAUAUCUGGCCGCUCUUGACAUCCCAUCUCGAGCCGGCUGAUAUCCACAAUGCCAUCACCUGGUCCCGCGUAGUCAUACUCUCAUUUGCGGCUGUGGUGAUACCCCUCAUCCGACCGAGAACGUAUACCCCAGUGGACCCCUCGAACCCUACACCGUUGAAUGAGGUGCAUCCGGAGCAGACGGCGCCUCUGCUUUCUUAUCUGCUUUUCGACUAUAUGACCAGCUUGGUAUGGAAGGCUUGGAAGACACCUGCUUUGCCUUAUGAUGAUCUUCAUCCUCUGGCAGACUAUGAUCGAGCUUCGUACCUCUACAAAACCUCUAUGGCAACCCUCGACCCCGUCAAACGCCGGGCCCAAGGCCUCAAAGACCGCGGUCUCGUCCUCAGUCUCGCCUCCGUCUUCCGCCGCGAAGUCAUGAUCACCUGCGCCCUCUCCGCUUUCUCUGGCGCUUUCGAACUCUCUUCUUCGGUUGGUAUCAACCAACUUCUCGACUAUCUCGAGACUGAUGGAAAGGGACACAACGUCCGUCCCAUCGUCUGGGUCGUCUUUCUGUUUAUGGGUCCUACGCUGAGCUCAUUGUUCAUGGAACUCUACAUCUUCACCGCGACUAGAUGUUUGGUCAGGGCGGAAGCGCUUUUGACGCAGUUGCUGUUUGACCAUUCGCUGAGAUUGAGAAUGAAGGAUCAGGUGGACGAUGAAAAGGAGGAGGAAGAGGAGGGCAAGGAGAGCGCUGGACCGCUUAUCACCGUGGAAGAGGUCGACCAUGCUCCCGACGCUCCUCGAGGUCUUAUUGCCGCCGAGGCUGAGACUGCUACUCCCGCAGAGUCCCAGACUGGAAAGGACAAGACAGAUAGGAAAGCUGCUGCCGACGCUGAAGCAAAGAAGAGCAAGGGUCAAGGGCUGGCUGGCAAGAUCAACGUCCUGAUGGCUGCCGAUAUCGAAGCUGUUGGCGAAGGACGUGACCUCGCUUUGAUCUUUGUGUACACCCCUGUGCAGUUCGCUCUGUGUGUUGUCUUGCUCUAUAAAAUCCUGAGCUGGAGUUCUCUCGUCGGUAUGCUCACCAUGUUCAUCACCCUGCCCCUUCCUGGUCUCCUCACAAAGUACAAUGCCGAGUACCAGCAACAGCGAAUGCUUGCCACCGACUCUCGUGUCGACUCGAUUACCGAGUCUAUCAAUGCGCUCAGGAUCAUCAAGAUGUUUGGCUGGGAAGGGAGGAUCAAGGAGAGAGUCGCUGCAAAGCGAGAGGACGAGCUGCAUCUCAUCUGGAAGAGGAGAUUGAUGAACCUGGCGAUCAUCUUGCUCAAUACACUUCUGCCUGUUUUGACUAUGGCCGUCACUUUUGCCGUCUAUACUCUGAUCGAAAAGGAAGAGCUCACUGCUUCGAAGGUCUUUACCAGUAUGACUGUAUUUGAAAUCAUCAAGGGACACACUGGAAUGUGCUUCUGGCUGAUCAACGAGAGUGUUACCGCUUGGGUCUCUGUCCAGCGACUGGACAAGUUCCUGCACGAGAGCGAAAUGAUUGACGAGUACUCUCAAGGCAAGAUGACAAACAUUGUCACUCAAUCUCAGCUCCAAGCGCAAGAAGAAAACCUCAUUCGACUCGUCGAUGCGACUUUCUCCUGGGAAAGCAAAACGGAAAAGAUCAACGAUGAGACGUUCAAGCUCCACAUCGAAGACGCUACCUUCACCAAAGGCAAGGUCAACUUGAUCACUGGUCCGACUGGAAGCGGAAAGAGUUCCUUGCUCAAGUCUCUUAUCGGUGAACUCCAUUUCCACCAGAGAGAUGGGGCAUUCUACAAUCUCCCUCGUGAAGGUGGAGUCUCUUAUGCUGCCCAAGAAAGCUGGUGUUCAUCAGACUCUGUCCGGGACAAUAUCCUCUUUGGCUCGCCAUUCGACCAGUCCCGUUAUGAGAAGGUUGUGAGGGCGUGUGGAUUGGAGACGGACAUGAAGCUGUUCGAAGACGGGGAUGAAACUGAGGUCGGAGAGAAGGGGAUCACUUUGAGUGGAGGGCAAAAGGCGAGAAUCACGUUGGCGAGAGCCAUCUACAGCAAGUCGGCUGUGGUACUUCUUGAUGACAUUUUCUCGGCUUUGGACACUCUCACUUCUAGGUGGAUCAUCGACCAUCUCUUCAAGGGCGACUUGGUGAAUGACCGUACCAUCUUGCUCGUUACCCACCACCUGCACCUGGUCGCUCCCGUCGCCGAUUUCAUCAUCACUCUGAACGAAAAUGGCACUGUCCAAAGCCAAGGUCCUGUCAACGAGAAUGCCCUUCCCGAGGAGGACGAGCCCGAGACCGAAGCCGCUCCUCCCGCUGAGGAAGUCAAGAACCCAGACGAAGCCCAAAAGACGGCUGAAAAGAAAGCCGCUUCCAAGCUGGUCAAGGAUGAAGAGAAGAGCGAGGGGCGUAUCUCCAAGCACGCGUUCAUUACGUUCUUCCGCAUGUUUGGCGGCCCUAUCUUCUGGCUGACCUACUUUGGUCUCCUCUUUGGCGGCCAGGCCAUGUCCGCUUUCCAAACCUACUGGCUCGGCCGCUGGGCCCGAGCGUACGAAGAAUCCUCAGAUGCCAACCUCGUCUCCGUCUCCUACUACCUCGGCCUCUACUUUGUCUUUGUCCUCAUCGGUGUGGUCAUGGGUGGCGCCUCUGCCAUCUUGUUCUACUUGGGUUGCACGAAGGCCGCAAGGGAGAUGCAUAGGCGUCUUGUCGACUCUAUCUUUGGGGCCUAUAUGAGGUUUAUGGAUACGACGCCGGUGGGGAGGAUCAUCAGUCGAUUCACGAAGGAUAUCAAGUCGAUUGAUGGACCUUUUACUGAAACGUUUGAUACCGUGGCCGAUGUCACUGCCGGUCUUAUACUCAAGAUCGCAGUUGUCGUCUCUCUUGUCCCCCUCUUCUCCAUCCCCGCUGUCAUCAUCGGUGCCCUCGGGGGCAUCAUGGGAGAAAUGUACAUCCACGGACAACUCAGUGUCAAGCGUGAAAUGUCCAAUGCCAAGAGUCCCCUCUUCUCCCACUUUUCUGCCGCCUUCAAUGGCAUCGUUUCCAUCCGAGCUUAUGGAGCGGAAGAGCAGAUGAGGCUGGAGGCUCAGAGACGGGCAGACAAGUAUUCAAGGGCUGCUACUUGCUUGUAUGUCCACGACAAAUAA